UAUAGAAAUACAAAAUGGCUUUCAUGGCUAGUGUUACAUUUUUUGCACUGACCCAUUACGUAAUACUACUGUAGUAAUAGUGUAAGAUUAAAUCUUUCAAUAAAUCGAGUUUUUCUUAUUGGCUUUCCCUUAGAGCUAAAUUCAAUUUACCAUUUAAAAUUCUCUCAUUCUGAAAAGUAAAUAUUUUUUUAAAUAUUCCUUCAUACUUAUAAUUUCUAGCCCUGUGACAGAAUCGAAGAAGCUCUUGAUUUGUCUUGAAUUUUUUUUGUUUCUUAAAGGGGUUGUGUUUUAUACUACCUUUUUAAUAAACAAACUUAUAAACAAGCUAGUCUUUGCUUCUCUGAUCAGUGUUUGAAAGAACGUAUUUAGGCUAAUUCCGCGUUUGAUUUGUUUUGUAAUGUUUUUUGUUCAGACCGCAUGAAUGAAUAUUUAUAAAUUGUGGUUGAACAGUAAUUUUAAUGCAUGUGUACAUAUACACUGAUAUUUUAGAGCCAGACUUUGUAUCUCUGGUAAGGUUACUUUACAAUCUAUACAUUCUAUUUUUUCUCUUGUGCUAUAAAAGUUUCUGAAAAUGGAUAGGCAGACUAAAACCAAACUGAAUUCCACCCAGAAUUGCAGCUUCUGCUGGGUAACUCGCAUCAAGAUGACAGGGUAGAAAGUGUUUAGGACAGAGAAAGUUAAGUUAAGCAAGCAACCUAACUCUUGUAUUCUGUUGAGCAGAUGCUUUUUGUUGUACCCACAUACAUGGCUGUAGCUAUCACUUCAGUGGGACCAGAAAGCAGAGGGAUGGAUGUAAGGUGGGGAAGGAGAAAGGGAAAAUGGAAAAUAAGGCAUCUGGGGGUGGCAUCUAAGCAACCUUUCCUCUUCAGUGUUGAAUACAAUCUAUAUAAGUGACUUCAGGUAUGUCUGACCUUUUGUAGGAAGGUAACAUUUUUGACCCUGGUCACGUACCCAGUGGUUCUUUGCCACAUUUUUUUUUUUACUAGGAACUGUUCUUCAAUGUAGAUAUUGUCUCCUUGAUUGUGUACACAUUGUCAACAAAAUCCUAUUUUUAAAAGCCUAUUUUCCUCAUUCCUGAAACCACCUAACCUGGUUGACUUGUUGGAGUGCAUUUCAUGCAUUCUUAGUACCAAGCUGAAGGAAACGCCUAGUUCAGUCACAGCUAGAGGGGUAGAAAGCAGCUAGGGAGGUCAUGCACACUCCCUGCAUUCUCCUGCAAAGCGCGCACGUCCAUGCUGGGAAAGGAUCACAGACGCCACUGCAUACCACAGCAUGACUGUUCAGAGUGUGGAUAGUCUCCCAGUGCGGCUCAAUUGAAGGCAGUAAAAUAAGGCAGUUCUGGAUCUCUGGGCAGCAGGGAACAGAGGACAAAGUUGCUCCAUGAGACACUGUCUGAGAACUAGCGCAGAGCCUUGUCAUCUGCAGCAACUCUGACCAUUUGGAUUCCCAGGGACUUGCUAGCUACACACCUUGGCUCUCAAAGAGCAAUUGAACUUUAUACAACCAGAAGGCACUGCUAGUUACUGAAGAUGGAAGCAGAAAGGAAAAACUCUCCAACACUGAGUAAAAGCAAACAGCCUGUGAAAACAGAAUGGGGGUCUCAGAGUGUUGUAUUUACUUACUUUCAAGGGGACCUUAACAGUGUGAUAGAUGAACACUUUUCUAGAGCGUUAAGCAAUGCCAAGAACCCACAAGAUCUGAGCACAAAGCAUAAGAGUGAGGAUGUUACCCUGAAGAAUGAUAGCCACAUGUCUCCCCAUCAGUGGAAUUUCUCUUCUCAUUGGACCAAGUCAUAUCAAUCAUCUCCUGCUACAAACACAUCAAAUUCUGAUCUGAAUUUGUCGGCUGCUGCUACAGACCACCAUCAGGCAUCAGUUUUGCGGAAUCCUCCUAUUCAGCCUGCAGAUUUGUGGCACUUCCCUUCGAUAGCUAAUCCAAGUCUUACUGAUUCAGGAUAUCCUCGCUCCUUGCCUGACCCUCAGAUGGUGCAGGGACCAAUGUCUGAUGGGAAAUAUGGUUCGCUUCUUGAUUUUCUGCAACAGGAAAGGUGCCCAGCAUCUAGCCAGGAAUCUAUUAUGAAGCAAAGCUCUAGUUCAGCCUGUAUUACUGGAUCAGCUAGGUUACAAAAUAUGAGUCAAAGUUUAACUCCUGGGGGAGAAAGGAAAGGCAGCUCCUAUCAAAGCCCAGGAAACCCCAGCAUCACUCUUGCCAGUUCAGGUAUCCAGUCUCAGGAUAGAAGACGAGACUUAUACUUUUAGCCAAUGGACAUUUCUGCUUUAUUCCUAGAGAGUUCUUUCUGUGAACUUUUAUAAUUGUGAAUCAGGAGGAAAUAGACCACAGCCAUUCUGUGCUUUUUCCAUCAGCCAGUUGCAUGACUACACAUGCUAAUAUACUAUUUUGUAAAUGAGAGUGAUUUACUUCUAAGUAAAUAACUUCCAACCUGUGUGAUUCUACCAUAAUAGUUUGCCUUGUAUAAAUGAAAUACAUCUGACUAGAGAAGAGUUGCUCUUGGGCCCUCUAAAGACUCCUAGCACUUUAAAAUCCCCCUACAACCCUUUGUUUACCAUCCUUUGGAAAGAAUUACCGCCCAUUACCAUUAUAGAGGGAUGCAUUCAAUGCCACAAGCUUUCAUGUCCUCACACUUGCAAGUUCCCUGACUUGGCAGCUGGAUUUGAACUUGUUUAAAAUAACUCAAGUGAGUCUGUUUACAAGGGGACUGAAAAUGAGAAACAAGCCAACAUAGCUAAGUUCAUUUCUGCCCCCCCCCCCUCUUUAGAGAUUUGGAAACAUUAGGGAUCCAAUACUUGGAUUCAUACUUUCAAUUAAUCCAUUGGAGACUCAAGGCUAUACGGAGGCAAUGCAGGGUCAGUGGGCUAUGCAGGGUCACAUACCCCCCCGAAGAUUUACUGGUUAGUUUGUGCUGAGCAUGCUCAGUAACACUGCUGAAGCCAGCUGCCCUCACUGCCCCCCCCCCCCCCACAUCAGCAAGGAUGGGUCAUUUCUGAGGCUAUACUUGUCCCUUAGUGACCAAUUCCAUCCUUGGUAUAUCUAUGCAGCUCCUUUGGGCUUCAGUGAAGUAGCAUUAGUGGAUCUGGUAGGAAUUUUGGAUCUUUAUUGGGCAAGAUGAAAGUGUUCCACAGCGAUAGACGUUAGAGCUGGGGAUGGCCUAUUAAGUCAUUGGCCCAGUCUUCCUGUUGAUAGUGACUUGUAUCCUCCAGCGCUUUACGUAAUUUAAUUUUAAAGCAACUUAAAUAAUAUGACUUCUGAGUAAUUAUUGCUGGACAGGUUGCAGUACAUGGUAAUCCUCUGACCUUGGAGGGAUCUUCUUUUCACAAGCAUGUCCUAUUCAUGAAUUCUCCCUCCCUCCCCCCGCCCACUCCCCUGUGCUGCCUGCCCAGAAGACCUACUGCCUGUUGAUAUUACACACUCAUCUCUUAACUUUCACACUGAUCAUCUCUAGCAUACCUGUCUGCUGCGCUUACUGCAUGGAAAAAUCUCACUGGAACAGUGUUCAAGUUCACAUGUGUAACUACUGCAGUAUCUCAUGGCAGAAAUACUGUACAGGAGCUCUACCCUUCAUGGCAUUUGAAAGAAGCCAACUCACUAAUGUAGGACAACUGGUAGUGCUUUCUACUGGCCUCCGAAAGUAUUCAGGAAGUAAAGAUCCACAGUAUCUUUUAAUGUGUACAUUUUCCUAAUUAUAGUCAUGCCACUAAUUUCUCCCAUUCAUAAGGUAUCUUGAGCUGAAUAAGCUCAGAGGACAGAGGACUGAAAAUAUUCAAAAGUUAUGUGGACAAAAAUACGUGACCCAAUACACAGGGCCCCUCGCGCACUCCCCUUGGUGAGUAGUUCUUCUCAUCAGUAAUCCUCAUUUGCUUCAAUGGAACUCGUCAGCAACUACUCAAUAGCAGGAAUAGGGCAUUUCCCCCAUAUUUACUCUCUACCUUGAAAGAUAGCCCAUUUAAUGCACAGAGGGAUACUUCCUUUCAUGUGCCAUCUCUACAGAACCAAUAAGCAAAUUUUACACUUGAAAAUCUAGAGUUUGCAACUGAUAGGCCAGAUCCUCAGCUUGUAUAAAUAUGCCUAGCUCCAUUUACACUAGAUGACAAUCUGGGCCAUGGUCUUUAAGGCCUGGUCUACCCACAGUCAUACCUAUGGAACUAAGGGUUUUAUUAUAUAUUGAUUUAGUUAAGAGUGUAACACACAAAAAGUUGUUCAUCACUGUUUAAUCCUGGUUUAUAGCUGAUUAGCUUGCACUGGUAAGUUUGCACUGAGCCAAAGACCAGUGACUGGUUUUAAACUCAUAAGAAUUUAUACACAAAAGUUGCACCAGUUUGACUGAUUUGUUAUAUCAGUGCCACUGCUGUGCAAAGACAAAACACUGAAAACUAACAUUUCAUAUUUAGCCAGAACUGUUUUUCUUCUUCUGAUCCAGCAUUAGGUAUAGCUUUCCAAUAAGUUUCUUCUUUGAUAUUACUACUCUGGCCACUCCAGCUCACAUUGCAAUGAGUCUUUAUCAUAGCCUUAAAACAUAUGAAUGAAAUCUACUGACUUCCUGUCUAACACAGGCCAUAGAAUUCUAGCCAGUAAUUCCUGCAUCAAAGCUGAUAGCAACUCAGAUGAAGUUACAACUUUGAAAUUGCAAUAGUUAAAAUGAUUUUCCUUUAAAAAACUGAAGAUAUAAAGAUGAUAUUAUAAAACUGUGAAUGUCAAGAUUGAAAAUAAUUGUAAAACUAUAAAAGGUUGUUGUAUUGCCA